AGAAGAUGGCGGCUCCUGGACCGGGGGAGUAUUUCAGCAUCGGGAGCCAUGUCUCCUGCCUCACUUGCUUGGGGCAGCGUUUGCAAGGAGAGGUUGUUGCUUUUGACUACCAGUCCAAGAUGCUGACUUUGAAAUGCCCCUCCUCCAGUGGAAAGUCCAAUCUCAACGAUUUGAUUCUGAUCAACUUAGCCUAUGUGUCCGACGUGGACAUCAUCACUGACCGCACUGAAACCCCACCUCCUCUAGCAUCUCUGAAUGUUAACAAGCUUGCUAACAGAGCGCGAACAGAAAAAGAGGAUAAGUUAUCCCAAGCGUAUGCAAUUAGUGCGGGGGUCUCCGUAGAAGGCCAGCAGCUGUUCCAGACCAUACACAAGACCAUCAAAGACUGCAAGUGGCAAGAGAAGAACAUCAUUGUGAUGGAUGACGUUGUCAUCAGCCCGCCCUAUCAGGUGGACAACUGCAAAGGCAAGGAGGGUAGCGCUUUAAGCCACGUACGCAAAAUAGUCGAGAAACAUUUUCGAGAUGUGGAGAGCCAGAAGUCCACGCAGCCACGUUCACAAGCACAGCAAACACAGAAGGACUCCACUUUAUCGUCAUGAGGCGAGGGGAAG